UUGAGUCAUAUUUUAUUACUUUAUUAACCAAUAAUUACCAUGACUGCUACUUUAGAAAGACGCGAAAGCGCAAGCCUAUGGGGUCGUUUCUCUGACUUUAUUACCAGCACCGAAAACCGUCUUUACAUCGGAUGGUUCGGCGUAUUGAUGGUACCUCUUCUUCUAACUGCAACUUCUGUAUUCAUCAUUGGUUUCAUCGCAGCUCCUCCAGUAGAUAUCGAUGGUAUCCGUGAGCCUGUUUCUGGUUCUCUUCUAUACGGAAACAACAUCAUUUCUGGUGCUAUCGUUCCUACUUCUGCAGCAAUCGGUAUGCACUUCUACCCUAUCUGGGAAGCUGCUUCCGUUGAUGAAUGGUUAUACAAUGGUGGUCCUUACCAACUAAUCGUUCUUCACUUCCUUUUAGGUGUAGCUUCUUACAUGGGUCGUGAAUGGGAACUUAGCUUCCGUCUAGGUAUGCGUCCUUGGAUCGCUGUUGCAUACUCUGCUCCUGUUGCAGCUGCUACCGCAGUAUUCCUAAUCUACCCAAUCGGACAAGGAAGUUUCUCUGACGGUAUGCCUUUAGGUAUCUCUGGUACUUUCAACUUCAUGAUCGUAUUCCAAGCUGAGCACAACAUCCUUAUGCACCCAUUCCAUAUGCUAGUACUAUGGCAUUCAACCUAAACGGUUUCAACUUCAACCAAUCCGUAGUUGAUAGCCAAGGUCGUGUAAUCAACACUUGGGCUGAUAUCAUCAACCGUGCUAACCUAGGUAUGGAAGUUAUGCACGAGCGUAACGCUCACAACUUCCCUCUAGACUUAGCAUCUGUUGAAGCUCCUUUCGUUGGCUAAACAAUCUUGUUUUAGAGGCAAGCUGCAUAUAUAACAACUGUGCGCAGGAAU